AUGUGGUUUCCAUUGAAGAAAAAACGAGAUGAUAGCAAGUAUAGGGGCGAAGUCAACUUGCAGUUCACAUUUUCCUAUGAGAAGCCAACGCUGUCCAUUUCUAACACAUCCUUGAAUAAAAUUGAAAAAGGUAAGUUUCUUUCGCUUUGUUUCCCGAAACGUGUUUUUUUUCACUGUUCUGCUGGAAGAGUAAUUACAUAA